CAGCAAGAUGUCGAAGAUCACAGUCGCCGGAGUGCGCCAGAACAUCGAGCAGCUGCUCAACUACUCUCAGAAUGAGAAGAAGCGUAACUUCCUCGAGACCGUCGAGCUCCAGAUCGGUCUGAAGAACUACGACCCCCAGCGUGACAAGCGUUUCUCCGGUACCAUCAAGCUGCCUACUGUUCCCCGUCCUAACAUGAGCAUCUGUGUUCUCGGUGACCAGCACGAUCUCGACCGUGCCAAGCACCACGGCAUUGAUGCCAUGUCGGCCGAUGACUUGAAGAAGCUGAACAAGAACAAGAAGCUCAUCAAGAAGCUUGCUCGCAAGUACGAUGCUUUCUUGGCUUCCGAUACCCUCAUCAAGCAGAUUCCUCGUCUCUUGGGUCCUGGUCUUUCCAAGGCCGGUAAAUUCCCCACCCCCGUCUCCCACGCCGAGGACAUGGCCAACAAGGUCAACGAGGUCAAGUCGACCAUCAAGUUCCAGCUGAAGAAGGUUCUCUGCCUCGGUGUUGCCGUCGGCAACGUUGGCAUGACUGAGGAUGAGCUCGUCGCUAACGUCAUGCUCGCCAUCAACUACCUCGUCUCUCUGCUCAAGAAGGGCUGGCAGAACGUUGGUAGCCUUGUCCUUAAGGCUACCAUGUCUCCUCCUAAGCGUCUGUACUAAGCGCUUCGUUGGGGGGGUUUUUUUUUUAAGGGCUAAAUGUUUGUCGGGGGUUAUGUAGGUCUCGGUUUAGGUACUUGAGAAAUGUUACCCUUGAUGGUUUGGUUCUUAUCUGGUGCU